AUGACAACAAAGAAAAUGUUGUUAAUUCUCUGUAUUCUUCUUGGAUAUGCAUUAUGUAGUCAAACAGCAAUUCUUCAAUGUGAUUUUGAUGUUGAUACUAAUUGGGGUUUAACAGAUGGUUUUCAUCCUCAAUCUAUUAAUCAUGAUCAUACAUUAAACAAUAGUUCUGGUCAUUAUCUAUUCUAUAAUCCAAAAAGUUAA